GCGGGUUGAGGGAUUAAUUGAGAGAAAUUGUUGGCCGUGGAUCGCAACUGCCCCCGAUACAACUGCCCGCCGAUACAGUUGGAAGCAAUUGAAUGCAUCAUUAUAUCAGUGAUCCAGUGAUCAAGAAGCUUUGUCAGCGCAUCAUGCUUCUGACUGCUGCACUCCUCGCGGCGCAUGUUGCCCGUCGGGUCAAUGUGCUCUUGCUCAUCAUCUAAUGCAAUUCCCAGUACACUACCCCACGCGCCCAAAACGCAUGCAAGCAUCCAUCCAUGCAGAUAACGAUACGGGCAUCGGUCUACACGAACGCGUCACAAAUCCUUGUUUUCGCUUGCCAGUGAGGACGACAUCUAGACAGGCAGUUAGACGACUAUGGGAGCCGGCCUGACUGAGUCAACAGCACACCUCAUGUCUCUCUCGUAUGGGGGAGAACGUGGGGCGGGGGUAGAGAGUUGACUCUGCCGUCUUUCAGACCAGGAAAUGCGGAGAUCUUCGAGAGGCAUGCUUGUUCGCCGCACCGACCUUCUUAGCCGACGCCGCGACUCAUUACGAGAUGAGCAUGUGUCCUCAGAUGGAAAGAUGCAUGAGCGGUCCAUGGUCUGAGGUGCGGCGUGUGUCUGGCACUGGGACUGCACUAGACACUCAAGGGACAUGCGUAGCAUCACCUACCCAGCACCGAUGUCGGUCUGCUCCGCCUCCACUCUCGCCCAGCAGACGUUGCCAGAAACAGCAGCGGCGCAUACACGGGUGCCAUUCCCGCCUCGUUCGGUCGGUCCUGUGUGAUCGUGCACCUUCGUUCAUGUGAUGGAGGUGGGGUCGUCGGUCGCUACAUGAAGAUUUCCGCGAGUACUGUCGAGUCUAAGGAAUGGGCGGAGCGGACUCGCGACGGCCAGCUGCUCACAGUCUUCCCUACCAUCCGAGAAACAUCCGCCAGGUCUGCCUGGUGAUCUCCGAUACACCGUCAGCCUUGUGCUGAGAAGCACACGGGAAUGGGAAAGGGCGCGGUGACUGACGAAAAGCGCUUGGCGGAGAUGAGGCUGCUUUACGCCGAGAGCCAUAACACCUCGGUUCACCAUUACAAGCUACAUCAGUGCGGUUACGCGAUGUACGAGACGCUGAUUCUGCAGGCUGCAAAGGUGGUCGGGGCUGCCGAGCACAGUCGGCCUAGAUAUGGACAUGAGCGCGAGUUUCGGGUUGGCUGGUGCAACGUGGGUUGGUCGCAAGCACGGGGUGACUUGUGCGAUGAGAGAUGUGUCGUUGGGUUGCUGAGGGCACCGCAACCAAGACUCCAGACAUCUUCCGACGGGUGGUUCCGUUCCUAUCGUGUGCCAAGCCGAUGUCCUCGCAGUGGGUAGUGAAGCGCCAGAUAGCCGGGCGUCGUGCUUGUCUUGCUUCGCCCAAUAUGGAAAUGCACCUUACCGCGGACGCCCUCCAAUUCUGCUCGUCAACUUCCUUCCUCGUCAUUUGUGCUCUUCGCCAUACGCAUGGAUGCGAAUACGAGGCGGCGAUGUGUCUUGCCACUCUCUGCUAUAAUUCAUCUUCCCUGGCGCGCCGGCGCGCACAGGAUACAUAUAUAUCUAUCUACACGAUCCGUGGCGGGCUUGCUCUCCCCGUAUCAUACGAACAUUCCAGUACUGAUCCCGUUGCCCCUCCUCCCGAUACAAGCCCGCGAACCACGUCUGGCCCAGCAAGUGAUCGACCAUCCGAGCCCUGCCUGAUCUCUCGGCCGCCAUUCGCUGCCGGGUGUAUGGUAGAGCGUCAGACGGCGUAUAUCCGCUUGGUCUGCGCAGCUCGGCGUGCAGCGUGGUCAGGAUGUCGCCGAUCGUGACUGCUGCUCCCGCCUGCCGGUGGGAUCUGAUCUCGAUCUUGGCCCGGAAGUGCCCAACAUCGACGCGGAGGAACAGGGCGUCUGUUUGUGGGAAGCAGGCCGAAGUGUCGAGCAGAGCUUGGUAUCGCCCUAACCUCAGGCGGAGCUCUUCGGAUGAGAUGGAUAGGUCGAGGGGCAUUGGUGCAGCGAGCCAUGGGUGGAUGUUGGUCUCGCUCUCAUCGCCUCUGGUAGGAGAUGGAAGUGGGAUCGACGGAAUAACUGGUGUGGGUGGCAUCCCCGGCCACCCCUUGAGAUUGUCCGUGGCAUAGUGCUGCUGGUAGGAAGUAAAGCCAUCCCGUUGUGACGGCGCGGACUCCCGGUAUGAUGGCCCUGCAGAGCUGUGACCUGCGUAGCUGGCGCCAAACUCCUCCACACGCUGGUUCCACUGCACGUGUCUGGUGUCUUGGCUGUGCAUUCUCUUUUGAGUUACAAUCAAGAGGGCAGAUAGGAUGACAAGGGCUGUCAGAGGGGAUUGUGUUCGUCUCAGUGUUGAGUAGAACGCAGCAGGGCGCCGUCCCCAUUUAAGCCUGGAGAACAAGCGCCUGCAAGCGCCUACGACCUGUGUCGGGGCUCAUGCAACCCCGACUCGCCGUGCUCCACGUUUCGUCAUGUGUGGGACGCUACCGUAUAUAGUGCUGAGAAUGGUUUCACAGAAUGUUCAUCAUUCUAUUCUCUCGACAUGCAACACCGCAAAAGUGUC